CAAGUUGGUGCAUCAACAGCGCCGGCAUGUCGGUGUCACAGCAGGUCCAAGCGGAACUGCAGAAGUUACGCGACGAAAUCGCGCGUCUUCGGCAGGACAAGGGACAGAGCGAUUCGUUGGUGCACUUGUUGCAGGAACAGAACCAGCAAUUCAGUGAACAAAUCUUCGAUUUGACGGCCCAGGUUGUUGCUGUCGAAGCCGAGGCUGCGUUCAAGUGUGAACAGAAUGAGCUGUCGAUGCAGCAUCAGCUCAAACGCCUCGUUUCGCACACUACGUUCCUCCAGGAGGAAAAGAAAACAGCAGAGCGCGCGCGGCAAGCCCUGGAGAGCCAACUCAAGCAGUUUCAGACUACUGCCCAACUGGAGCAAAAGCGUCUGGAAGCUGGCAAGAGACUAUUGGAAACGUCCAAGCGGAAGCUUGAAGCAGAAAAGUUCCAAAUGUCCCAGCAGCUCUUCUCACAACCCACUCCUCCAUCCACAGCCCUCAAGCGACCCCGGGUGAAUACAUCGACGCCUUCUAGAGCGUCUGGAUGUGCCGAAAAGGGGUUCCAGACCGACCCGUAUGUACCAUUGGCGGUGGAAAACAGCGACUUGAUCGGAAAGUUACUCCAAUCGUCGUCCGACUUGGCAUCGCUGCUCCACCCUCCGGCGGUCUCGUCAAGUACUGUUCCAGCGAAUGUUGUGCCAGAGUUUGAUGUGUCAGAAGACCGAUCGAUCCUCAAUACCACGACGGACUUGAGUCAGCUCAUACCUCAGUUUUCACAAUGGAUGCCGCCAGCGUCCGCUAUCGCGUCUGGCGCGUGCAAUCAUCCUUUGGCAUCAAAACCUGCCAAUUCGUCGCCACGACCUUCCAAAGCCAUCACGUUCCAUCUGACCAGAGCCGUCGCAUCCAUGCUAGCCGGACAAGAGUCGUCCUUGGCACUGGUGGGGCCACUAUUACUGCACUUGCAACUUGACUAUGACCCUUCGAUCGUUUGCAGUGCGCUUCACUUGCUCUACGCGUUGAUUCAAGGCAGUGUUCGCCUCCGUAAUCGGUUUCGACCACCGAGACAUCCAACCCAGCGAUUGUGCCGGAUUUCUGGGCCGACUCCUGGCAUUACUGCCACUCUGACAAACGCACAAGUUGUCGACGAUAGCGCCAGUCUUUCGAGCGAGCUCGCAGCCCAAGAUUUGCCUCGGAGCAUUCUCCACACUCUAGGGAAAUUGCUAGAUGACCUCGCGGCGAAGACGGACCGUUCUUCAUUUUGGAGCGACAUGUCGAUGCGGGUGCACACGAGCAUCUUCAGUGUGGUGUCGUGCGUCGUCGGCAUGGCCAGUCUAGGAGCCCCCUCGCCAGCGCAAACUUCAUCUCGUGGCGACAACGUGCCAUUGAUGCAUGACCUUCCCAAGCCUGACCAAGUGGAUUGGAUUUUCCAGCCGCUUGUGGCCCCGCUUUGUAAUCUCGUGACAGAAUUUCUUUCAAAGGUUUCCACUUCUGGGACGAAUGGAAGCAGCUCAUCUUUGCCACUUGACAACCACGCGUUUCCUGGCAACGCUGUCAUGGUCGUGGUCGAUGGUGCCAAUAUCCUGAGCCACUUGGCGGCACAGCCCCAAUUGCUGCCGCUCCUUCAAUCGCACUUGAGCAAGUGGUGGACACAAUUGCUUGCCGCGACUCAACCCACUGCGUCGGCGCAAGGCUGGGCAGUGCAUAUGGCUGUGCUCCAGCUCAUGCAGGCCAUCUCGACACUAUAUCCGUCGCAGUCGUGGUAUCUCCAUCACCCGAAAGCGGUGGAUGUCCUUUGGGAAAUUGUAAAACGCAUUUGGAAGUUCACGCAAGCAUCGCGAGCACUGGAUGCGGACGCAUCCCAGGCAUGUGCAGACCACGACCAAGUGCUCGUGGUGGCGCUCAACAUGCUGGCAGUGGAAGCGUUGGCAAGUAAACGAAGCAUACUUGGCGACGUCGUCAAGCAGCAUUUGGUGGAUGAAAUUCGCCGCACAGUCAAGGCAAAAAUCGAAUCGUGUGCGAGGUCCGAGCGCCAGUGGGAGCUCGUGCAGAGGGUUCUCGUUCGGCCAUUCCAUUAAUUUAUGCCCAUCACGAAGUCGUUUGUCCAACGGCUUUUGGCCUCACUCAACUCACCAAGUUCCAUGUCGGGACUACUACUUGAGUUUUCCAAACGUCCUUGCCAACGUUCUAGCAGGUCCUCUUAUGCUCUCGACCUCAGUCGAACCAACUCUGGUCGAUGCACGUAACUUUGAGUCCAUGGCCGACACGAGGGCAUGCCAGUUCUCGCUGUCUCGACCUUUGCGCUGUCGACCACUUGCAAAGUAUCUGCCGUCGAUCGCAAUCUCUCCAUCCAGCCACAGAUUGGACUGGCGGCCUCCUUGGCGUGAUGGCAACUUCUUUCCUUCUCGUUUCACUUGAACCAACCCUUAGCUGGAUGUGCGCGAUGCCGCAGCCCGAGAUAUCUUCUUGCUCGACGCGAUUAAACAUCGUAGAGCCGACGGUACAUGCCACACUUUUGUGAUGAGUGGCAAUAAUCAUACUGGCCAUGCCGUUGAAGGUCAUGCUAGCCUCCCGACGCGCUUUUUCCCUCUCCAGGAUAGACGAAGGGACUGCUACUUGGAUCCAUGCAUUCCACGGGGCAUGCGUGCAUAUCCUGCCGGCAUUUUCACCACACCUUGGCCAUCCAAGUUUAUUGUACACCACCGCACAGCAGUCGCGACGGAACGAGCUAUGGGAUGUUGAGCUGGCCGUCCGGUGCGCCUCCAUGUUUAUGUUUUCGCUUCUUCUUUUUGUUUUUCUUCUUUUGUGCAGUGUUGGGGGCUGCGUGGCCAUCGUGCUUGUGCAAUGGAGCAAUCAAGUUCUUGGGGGUUCCAGACGGCGGCGCGUCGUCAUCGUCGCUGCCUUGGUCGAGUGUGGGUUUUUUCGAGGUCUACAGGGACACAACACGAUGAGAUUCCGCUCAAAACCAGCCGAGCACUCGACGGAACACGUUCGACAUGUACGACAUGCAGCGGAUGUUGCACAGUUAUGACUCGUAUGAAUUCGAUGGGGAAGGCGUCAAUCGCCUUUUGCUCCGAAGAGGGAGCCGAAACCAGCCUUAAGGACCAUGCGCGGCAACUGCACAGAAAACCUGUGAUGGCGUUACCCAUUUCCUUUCCCAAAUGGUCUGGAUUCCAAUCGAACGGAAUGCUGCCUUGGAGGCAGCGUCGAAAGGAAUAAUUGACAAAUGGGACGACAUGCAUACACACAUACGUAGCUUUCGAAGAAGCUGGGCAUAC